AUGGUGGGGUCUCGGCUGGGGACGUCCUCGGAACCAAAGUCUUCGGAAGCUUUCCUUGGACUUGGUGAUCUCGCCUUUCGAAUACUCCGGGGGAGCUUCCGAACGGUAGCUCGAUUCGGUGUCCCUGGUGGGGAUGUACUCAUUGUCGGAUUCCUGCGCCGAAUCCAAACCCUGAGCCCUCCGAAGGGGCGACUUAUCCCCCAAGACCCUCAUCCGGGAGUCCCUCAAGUUGGCGUUUAG